AUGACCAACUACCAGCGGUUAGGGCCCCUCGGGCAGGCGGUGCCAGGGCCCGGGGCAGGGGGGCAGCCGGCCUCCUCAGGGCCGGCGCAGGGGCCGGGGACAGGGCCGGGGCAGCCGGCACGGUUCUUUCCAGGGGCAGAGGGCAUGAGUCUCGCCGCGGGAAGCAUGCCGCCGGUGCCGCAGACGCCAUUUGACCCGACGUACGGGGCGUCGUUGCUACCAUCACACAUGCUCAUGGGUUCGCCGUUUCUUUCGACGCCGCUUCGGCCGCAGGCGCACUUCCACCCCUCGACGCCAGGACAUAGCAGCCACUCGCUGCACCACGCGCAGUCUGCACGGUCCUCGUUUCUCUAUUAUCCACAGCCCCCGAUGCUCAAGCCGAUCCCGCCGCGGCGGAAGAAAUCGGUAACGCUUAACCACAGCGAGCCUUACCAUAUCAACUUCAAGAUUCUGCCGAAGGGUAAGGACGAGUACAUGACUCGGUCCUUACUCUUGACAAACUUGGAGAUGCUGCGGGAUCUCGACAUACACAAUUUUCUCAACAGUUUUGUUAAAUUCGGGCCUGUGGAAUCGAUAUACCUUAUGGAUGACAACCAUUCGAUACUCCUCAGCUUUUUGACGAAGGCAACGUGUCUAGACUUCUACAAUAACUUACUACAGCGCUUCUCGGAGUUCAAAACAAAGCUACAUUCGCCAAAGCUUUCUGUCAGUUUCGUAUGCCAAGAUGAGAGCAGUUGGUUCAAGUAUUUGCAGAUGAAUGUCGUCACGAGGGGCGCUACGAGGUCGCUCACCGUGGAAUUUGAAGACUCAGUGAAGGAAUUGAACGAAGACUUUGUACGCCUGAAGUUCCCCUGGUUGUUCUGCUCGCAACGAUUUGUUCUUGAAAGGAUUGACUUGAUAAACGCAACCACAGUCAACCAACAUUUUGGAACCAGGUACAUGAUUCUCCAUUUUAUCAGUAUAUCAAUGGCCUUGGAAGUUGAUGACUUUUUGCAGCAACCUUCGCAGAAACGUCAACUGAAUAUUUCGCGAAUUCAGUUUGUUAACGUCAAUGGGCAUCACUCGAAACUUUCAGACGAAGAGGCAGUUGCCGCUGCUAACGGCCUGCAACAAGAUUCGCGAACCUCUUCAGUUUCGUCCAUUUCUUUAUCUAUUUCGAAUACCGCCGAUCUAGCUGCAUUGUUUCACUCUUUAGAUCUGAGCCUGGAUACGUUAUCUUUGCAGGUUGUACCAUCGGAAUAUCCUACUCCUCUGAUAGAGCAGCAUUCAGAACACCUAACCUCGAUCACCAUAUCGAGACCAUCGAAGACAUUGGGCCCUUCCGCUUCUUUGAUAGAAAUGGAUUCCAAUGCCACUAACGCAGGCAACCAUCAUGGUGUCUCCAGUUCUUUAUCGGGCGUCUUAUUCAUGAAUGACCCUUCUUCUUCGGGUUCUACUCCUAUGAUUGUACCAUCAGAGCUCAACCUCAACACACCAGUCAUGGGUGGUCCUAUGCAAGGCCAACUCAUGCCAGGUCCCCCGCAGCCUAUGUCACUUCACAAUCCGAGCGAUGGUAACGGGGGAUCUCCUUCAUACUUUAUGGAUCCAAUGGUGGGCGCCCCUAUCGGUCAGACUCUACAGCGCCAGUACCUAGCAGGUGCGAGCCAAGCAAAUGGUAUAAACAACAGGACUGUCUAUAUUGGGAACAUCCACCCUAGAUCGAAACCAGAAGAUAUCUGCAACGUUGUACGCGGAGGUAUCUUACAAACGAUCAAAUGGAUAAGUUCCAAACGCAUAUGUUUUGUUACCUUUAUCGAAACAGCAGCUGCAGUUCAAUUUUAUGCAAAUGCCUCGCUAGAGCCAAUUGUUUUGCAUGGAAAUAUUUUGCGCGUAGGAUGGGGCCAGCCAAGCGGUGAGUUGCCGAAAAACAUUGCACUUGCUGUCACCAUUGGUGCUAGCAGAAACGUUUACGUUUCGCUACCGGAGUAUUCUUUCAAGGAAAAAUACAUCAACAACCCAGAGUUCAAGUUGUAUCAUGGGAAGUAUAAAUUACCUACCGAGGAACAGUUGAGGCAGGACUUUACGAAAUAUGGUCAGGUCGAGCAAAUCAACUACUUAGAAGAUGGACAUUGUUGCUGGGUCAACUUCAUGAAUAUUGCACACGCUAUCCGUCUAGUAGAGGAUUCGAACUCGCCGAUCGAAAAGAAUUUAGAGAAGUUUCACGCGCAAUUUGACGGUCGCUACAAGAAUUUAAUAAUCGGUUAUGGCAAAGAUAGAUGUGGGAACGUCAAUAAAAACCUGGCCGCAAACAAGAAUUCACGUUUUUACAAAAAGAUCAAAAAACAAAGCUAUAGUAUGAAGCAAGGAAAGCAGCCAAGGAAAGAAGAUGGCAUUGUUAAUUCAGAUGACCUUACGAAAAAUAAUGAGGUACUCCCUGGUGUUCAAAUGAAUAGUUCCAAAAAUGGGGGCGUUGGAGAAUCUCAAAGCCUAGUAGGCGAUCAGGAAUUAGCCGAAGGAUUGGGCAUUAGCCUGACCUCUGCUCAGAUUAGCCCAGACACUGGUCAUACACACCAUUAUAGUGAUGGAGUUGAAGAGGGUGAUGAGUGCGACGACGAUGACGCUGGAUAUUCAACUUCUGGCUCGUCGGAUAUCGAUAUUAUUGUUGCUCCUCCGGACGAAUUUAAACGGAGAGAAAGCGGUACAUCAAGCGGUAAGCACAAGAAAAAAUCCAAAUCAACCCGUAGGAAUCAGCACUCGAAUGCUGCCAGCUCAGCGUCUUAUAACCAGCAAUAUUCCUUGGGUUCAUUAGACCAUACUUCAUCGGCAGGGUCGCUCGAUGCGCCUCCGCCACUUGCACCAUCCUCAAUGCAACAGCAUCUUGCUGAUAGGCGCCCUCGUCACACCCCGGGAAGGUCUACUGACUCGUCAGCUUCUCAGUACAAUAGUCAAACUCCUACCAAUGCCAACUACAAAUCAAGGAGGAGACGGCAAGCGAAAUUUUCCAAACCGAUAGCUGGUCAGGAUGUCAUGAGCCAGUACUUGGAGCAGCUACACCAUUCGACUUUCCUGUAUGCGACGAAUAUACUUGGUGCGACAACUGUUCAGGAACCGCUGGGAGGAUAUUAUGACUCUAAUGGAAAUGAACAGCAUUAA